AUGGAUUUGAAUCAAAAUAAAAUUGUUAGUGCUUCAUGGACUGUAAAUGCCAUGCCAUCUCAGGUGACGUCCACAAAUCAUCCAACGUCUGGGAUACCAGCUAUGGUACCUGAUUUUCGCAGGAACAAAAUGCUUCAAGGAAUGAAGCAGUACAUUUGCAGCACAUGUGGUAAACAGUACUCUAUAAAAGCCUCACUACAGCGACAUGUUAGAUAUGAAUGUGGUGUAGAACCUCAGUUUUGCUGUCCAUAUUGCUCUAAAAGAAGUCAUCGAAAAAGCAAUCUUAGCCAGCACAUUAGACGUAUUUUAGGGAUCAGUCAUAAACAUAACACAUCCAUAUCUCCUGUAAAAAUGUCAAAUAAUGUGUCUCAUGAGCCAUGUAAAGCAAUGGAACAUUCUUAUUUGUUGACUUGCUAUUAUUGUUUGCAAGAGACUCACAACAUUUCUGAUCCUGUUGUAAUUAAAAGAAGUUUCUCUUCAAAUAUUGCUGACCGUUUUUACAUAGCCACUCCUGACAUAUAUACCGAGGAUUCAUCAUCAUUAUUAUUAUUAAUAAAUAAUUUUGUGAACCCUCAAGUUGGUUUUGGUACAUUUAUGAUACUUUUAUUAUGUGAUGUACUGAAUAAAAGUAACACCUAA